GUGCCCAUCUCCACGCGCGGCGCCCAUAUAUAGGGGAGCCAGGCGCCCACCGCAACCCGGCCCGUCGCUGCCGCCUGCACCAUGGGCGCCGCGCGCCAAGGGUCCGCCUGGCUGUGCGCCCUGCUCUGCCUGCUGGGGAAGCCGCCCGGAGCCGCUGUCGUGGCGAUUUGUGGCCGGCAGGGAGACUCCAGCUGCCGCUUCUUGUCCGUGUCCGAGCUUUUCGACCGGGUGAUCCAGCACUCGGACAGGAUCCACAGCCUGUCUACGGCGCUCUACUCGGACCUGGAAAAAAGCUUUCUACCUAAUGGCAAUGAGUUGGGGAAAUCGACAGGCAAAUGCCACACCGCCAGGAUGCUCACGCCUAAUGGCAAGGAGUAUGCCCAAAAAAUACCGAGAGAAGAACUAACUCACUUGAUACUGAGACUUUUGCAAGCCUGGAAGGAACCCCUUUCCCAUUUUGACCAGUAUAUUGGUCAUCAUCAAGAAUUAUCUAGUGACAGCCUGAGCAAAGCAAAGCAAAUCAGCAAUAUGGUACAUGAACUGAAGACUGGAAUGGAGAAAGUAACAGAGAAGAUGCAGUCAAUGGGAAUCAUUAGCAAUUCAUUGAAUGGAAUGGGAUCAUCAGAAGCAGCUGGUUUAUCCAUUAGUAAUGAAGCAAAUGUGAUGAGUGACUAUGAGUUUAUUCAUUGCUUCAGGAGAGACUCUAAUAAAGUACAAAGCUACUUAAAAAUUCUUAAAUGUAGGAUUUUGCCAGGAAAUAGUUGUUGAGUUUUAAUUGCUGACGGAGGAUUUUCAGAAUUAAUGUUACAUAUUGCCUGCAAAGAUGGAACAAAAUAAUUUAUAAAGGUUUUAUGACAUUUAUAGCAAUAGUUAAUCAACAAAGAAAAUUAGUUUUAAAUAGCUUAGCCAAUUAUUUAGUUUACAUUGUUAACCUACCUAGUUGAAAUAUUAAAUAAAGGAUCAUCCGUAUCUGUGUAUUUCACACACCAGGUAGAGUGGGUUUCAGUGGCAGUGCAUAAAUCAGUUUCUGUAUUUACUAUAUGUCAAACUGCAGUUUAAAUAGUUUACACGGUUACAGGUGUCCAUGUUGUCACUGAAGCUAAACAUCAAUAAAUUAUGUAUGUCUUGUACCAAGACUCA